AAUACGCGCGCGCGGAGGGAACGCCCGGACGCCGCGUCGCUUCCCCGCUCCCUCUCAUGCAAAAUACAACAAAAUAACCCAAAAACCUCACUGCCAAUCACUAAAAUAUGCAUAGACACAGUGUUUUCGUGCCGCCCCAAGUGUUAUCUGUUACAAAAAAGUGAACGGACCUGUUGUAUAGAGUGGUAACGUCAGGAGCUUUUCACCCAGCGUCCCAGUAUCUUGAAUAAUGAUAUAAAACAACAUUUUGUACGGCAAUAAAUCGGUCGUAACUGUGCGCUUUAAUCGGUAAUGUGUCGUUCCACUCGGGGUUGAGAUACUCUAAUGGAAUAAUGGUUGGACCACAUAAAGAUCACUAAACCGUGUCAUAACAGUAAUCCCGAAACUAUGAACAACACAAAAGUAAAGUGCAACUAACAGAAGUGUACAGAAGUGAUAAGUGAAGUGAAGUGUCAAUGGUGGCGCGGCGAUGGCCCGGCACCGGCCGACCGCGCGCCACUUCCACAACCAGCCGGAGCUGCAGAGAGGCGGCAGUUCAGGUCUGAUGCUGCGGUGGAUCUUCCUCGCGUGGCUGGCUAGCUGCGGCCCGCUGGGGAACACUGUCAAACAGGAUGGUUGCGCGUUCCCGGCGCGAUGGCAAGGCCGCUGGUUCCAGUCCGGAGUGAUCCAGCCCAUCAUGAUAGACGGUGCCAUCCUCUCCAACAAGGGCCGCUGCCUGUCUUCCGAGGGCGACAAGUUUCUUAUCGUUGACGAAAAAGGCUGCUACCGUUGCGUUGUGAUGCAUGAAAAACACACGAACGUUCUGCAAUACAAAGAGACCUUCUGCCAUCGCCGGGACGCCCUCCCACACCUCUGCUCAAUGAUCACCGGCGACGCGCUGCUUUACUCGAUGUUCAGGGAAAACGCUGAGCCCGUGGAGUGUCCGCUUAAAGGACCUUUCUCUUUCACUUAUAACAGAGGGCACGGCGAUUGCAAAAUACCAGCAUCAUCAAUAGAAAGCUGCACUGAAGACUCCAGGUUACUGCUCAACUACCAAGCGUGCCCCGAUGUGUACGGUUCAGAAAGUACAGUGGAAGAACUGGAAUGUCUGGCGACGUGGAAGGAGGGCAGCCUGCGCUUCCUGGUGGGCAAGCUGCACCACAACCACGCCACCAGCAACGAGGACCGGUACAGAUGCUUCGUCUACGAGAAGACAAAUGGUAUUGCAUCAGGCAGCAGUAUGAAGGAAGGGCCAGCUCCAGCGGGGGGCGUGGAGUACAGAGUGGCGCAGUCGGGCGACGCGACCUGCAAUGGCCUCUUCAGUGCCACAGAGGGGUCUAGGACUAUGGCUUUGAAGAGAGUAUCAGUCCGCUUCAACUGUCAGUUCCCUUCUUGGAUGACGUUCUCCCUUACAUGGCAUACCCUCGACUUCAGUAGUAACUACACAUUCUACCAACGCAACGCCACACUUCGCAUCACCAACCAAACCGGGGCUGAAAUCAAAGUUCACUGCGUCUAUGUCAAAGCCAGCUCACCUAGCGGCAACUCUGUCGCCCUGGUAGCUCACUGGCAGCAUCACUGUGCAACCCGAUACGUCUGCGUGGUACUAUACCGACGUGACACCUACAUAGCUGAGUUGCAGCGAGGCACUCCCACUUCUAGGCCGGACGAUGCCUGUUCUACACAUCAUUUUAAUGCUGUCACAGCACCUUACGUUACUUUAGUUGCUAGUAAUCCAGAAUCAAAAGAAUGCCCGUAUUCUGGGAAAUACAUAAUCUCAAAUCACCGUCACAAACGAAGUUUUCGUAUGAGUGAACGAGAGAGAAAUAGGAGUAAGCGAGACAAAGCAAUGUUCGAACAUAAUCAUAGGGUUAACCACACUAGACUGUUCAAUUUUAGCGUAAGGAAUAUGUCAAGUACUCCGAUAUUGAGGAGUAGAAGACAAUCGGAAGAACCGAGUUGUGCUGGCGGCGUGUAUAGUAGGCUGGCGGUCGGGUGCAAUUCUAAUAAGAACAUGGAGUUUUACUCCACUUGUGAUAAUAAGGAAAUAGUUACAGUAUACAUAUGCCACGGUGGUUGGUACGAGAACGGCGCGUCAUUUGUCGUGACCACGCCAGUGACGCGGGACAGCACGGCGGCUCGGCGGUACUGCUUCGUGUCCAGGGAGCCGCGCGACGGAGCCCUGACUGUGGCGCGCUCGGCGGCCAACUGUGAGCGCGCGGUGUCGGAGCCUGAAGCUAUGUUGUUUGACGCGGCAUUUACUGGUAAAUGCCAAGACAAACCUAACGGCCAACCGCCUACCAUACCAUCGGCAUACACUAUCUGUAUAUCAGCCGUCAUCCUACAUUUUAUCAUACCGAGGUGAUUUACAUAGAUGCGUAAUAUAGGAAUUUUUGAACCCCUACCGUUGUAAUUAUAUUAAAGCUUAAGUAAAAAAUGUUCUUUUCACACAUUGUUACAUUAUUUUUAAUGUAUUUUGAAAUUGCUCAUCACAUUUUUAUAAGUUUUAGAUAAUUUGUUGUGUGUUCAGGUAAUUUAUAAUAAAACUUAAACGGAAUGUUGUUGUAAAAGUUUUCAUCUAAUUUUACAUAAUUUUUUAUUUAUUUAUUUGGAAAACACCUAGCUUAAGCUUUUAAGUAUAAUUUUAUUUUUAUCACAGCGUAUUAGCCGCGAAUUACCUUAUACUUAAGUAUAUUUACUUUCAUAAUUGUAUUAAAACAGUUAUACUUAUUUUCACCGACAUAGUAAUAUUUAUGCACCUUAUAAAAUUGAAUAUCUACAUAGUUUUAUUUUGUUAAAAAAAACAAUUAACGUUUUAUGUUUUCACCUUAAAGUAUGUGAAUAAAAUUAGAUACAACCUCUUCCAUAAUAAAAAUAUAAGAAAAGCCUUAUAUCACUUACAUAAUUAUAACGAUAAUUUUUUUCUUACUAUUUGUGCAAUAAAGGUUUCUACCUGUGCCAUGACACACUUAAAUAUUGACACAGAUAUUCAGAAAUAAAUGGCUUUUAACGAUUUUUACCUGGUUCAUUAAUUAAUAUUUCGAAUUUCAAAUAAAUAUAAAGAUGUCAUAUAAUUUCGAAUGAUGAUAGAGAUGGUGCAAAUGGUUGUGAAAUAAAUGUUUAUUAAUAACUACUGGUGAAGGAGUCAUCUUAAAUUCUUUGGUUUUUAGAGCGUGUAAUAAAAUAUGAUAACAUCGGUAAAAGGAACUUUAAUAAUAUGAUGAUAUUAUGUAUCAGAGAUAGGUAUAUAUUUUUUUGGUUAGAUAUUGUAAGAAUUGCAAGAUAUAAUAGUUCAAAAUUAGCAAUGAUUAAUUAAUAAUAAAGAUUUUUGAAUUCCAUGUCUUACGUAACUACAUUAUGCUACCUUACGAGAAUAAUCGCAAAUAAAUAUCCCGAUAUUUCAAUAAUAUCGUGUAAUAUAACAUUAUAUUAUAGUCUAUCUUUGGUUAAGAUGUAGGUACUGAAUGAUAUUUUGUUAUUUUAGUCACUUGCACUUUCCUCAUUGCUUAUGUUACAUAAAAUAUACAGAAGUUAUAAAUACAAUAAUAAUCUAAUUAGUGAAUAUAAAAAAACAUAUAGUACAGAACUAUCAGUUAAUCAUAUUCAGAAUCAGUCAAAAAUAACAUUUUAAUAGUUCAGCGCUUAGCUUAAAAUAUACUGCACGCCUUUUUUGCGAUAUCACUUUUAGUUUAUUUACUCAAAAAUUGAGUCAUAUAAAGCAAUAAAAAUGUUCUUAGAAAAUAAUAAUAUUAUUGAAAUGCUCUAAAAUACACAUUUUUUAAUUAAAGAUACUAACCCUUCAGGGUAAAAGUAAGUUAAAUCAAGUUUACCUUUUAAAUACCUAUACCUUUACCCUGAAAUGAAUGAAAGAAUUUUGGACACCGUGAAAUUGUUAGUGAAAUGCAUUUAUUUACGCACAUAAAUAAUUAUUAUUAUAACAAUUUUGAUAAUUAAAAUAUAAAUCUGUAAAACAAAUGUACACUAACUAUUUAUUUUUCAAUUUUUUGAAUUCUUAGAUACUUAUAAAUUCUCUCUUUUGUAUCAUAAGUAGUAGUUUCAAAAAAUAUCUUCCACUUUAUUGUAUUUAUGGUAUAAAAUUAUAACAAACAAACAAAACAUAAACUAGCUUUAAUCACAGCAUCGAAGACUGUAUAUUUCUCAGAUAUUUAAGACAACUUUAGCUUCUCUCACAAUACAAGUUUUUAAUAAGUUAUUUCUCAAGUUAUGUAUGGAUGUUCAAAUCAACUUUCACAGCUUAAAAAAUUAACUAUUACCACCCAAGAAAGCGAUACAAACUCCCUUCUGCCAAUUUAUCGUCAUCCACAACGUAAUGGUGCUGGUACUGCCGCGCUGGCGUAAUCCUCUCAUCUUAUUUGUUACGUGAGUGAGAGACACCGAUGUUGCUUACGUAUAGUUUUUUUUUUUUUUUUUGCUUUGCUCAGACCUCAGCCCUACCGUUUGCGGAGAGGUUGGUGUUCCAUGUUCCGGUAGUAGCAAUAAAUAAUUAAAUCAGCUUCUAUGGAGUGUCAGGGGUGUGAUUGUAGCCCAAAAUUUGAUGCGAGAACGUAGAUUAGCCUACCCUAACUUAGCCGAUAUAUUUUUUUCACUCGUAAAAUGAACGGAAUAUUGUGAAAGAAACUAUUCGUUUUCUGCUUUUAAUUAUAAUCAUACAUGUAUUUAAAUAAACAAGAAAUAUUAUUAUGUUUUAUGUGAAAAUAUUCAUGUUAAAUCGAACACGAAGCUUAGUAAAGAUGUACAAAGUUAUUGUAACGAGUUAUUGUGUAGCUAGAAUAAUUUAGCGCUAUAUUUUUCAUGAACGGUGUUAGUUCAUAUUUAGAUAUUUUAAAUAUUUGGUAGUUAGCCCAAGGAAUAAUAAGCUUUGUGUUUUCAUACCGUAAAUAAUGACGAGCCUUUGUGACGAGCAAAUGAAAUACAAUGUCUGGAAAUUCUGAAUGGUCAAGUGACAAGAUUGUUUUUUUUUCGCAAACUGUUCUCAUUUUAUGAUAGUACGAUUCUUUUAGUGCUAUGACUCAUCACUUAAAACCUUAUACUUAACCACUUAACACUAGAUAGAAUUGUGUUUUUAUAAAAUGAGGGUAGUUUACGAGAAAAGUCAGAAGAAAUAAAAUGUCGUAUUAGUUGCAUCAAAGUUUUAUCAGUGUGGGCUCACUUAGUCACGUGAUCCAAAAAAUAUACCUGCAGCGGUGCAGCCCUUCGAGGAUGCUCACGUAACUCUUGUCUCUUGUGAGAGAGAGAUGCGUAUAUUAAAUUUUAGGACGCAGUGCUGUGUGUGCUGCACUUUAUUGCGCACUUUUUUGCGGAGAAAUCCUUCUUUACUUGGAAGAUACUAUUACGUAUCCUAUAGUUUGAUGCUACGGAUACAUUUUCAAAAUCAAUAUUAUACUAUCUGGUUUAAAGUGUUCAAUUCAUGAAUGCAUCUUGGUGUUAAAACAAAGCUUAUGCUUCUUUGUGUCCUUUUGAUUUUGCCCCAAUUUUUAUAAAAAAAAAAAACUAUUUAUACCACCUCCAUCCUACCAUCAUGAAACUACUUUGUAUUUGUUUGCUUAGGUUAAAUAUUUUAAAUAUGUACAACGUUCCUUACCACCUAACCAUAUUGAAAUUAUAAUUUAAUAACUUUAAGAAAAAAUAUUUCUACCACUUUUUAUCCAUAACUAAUUAAAAUAUUUUAAAAGUUAGCUAUACCUUUGAGCCGUAUUACAAUCAGAUUUGCAGAUCAGUCAAAUAAAGUUUGGAUGUUUUUUACUCCUUUAUGCCACAAUGACUCAACUAAUUUGGCUAUAUGGAUUGGAGGUAGCUUUUACCCUAAAAUUUUAUAAUAAAUUGGUUGCUUUUAUCUCAGAAAAUCAAAGAGACUUUUAAAAAACCUAGGUGUAUCCACAGUAUCCUCGUGGAUGAAAUCGUUAAUUUUCUUGUUGCUUCUAGCUCACGCAAUAAAAGAAAUAUACUUACCAAAAUAUUUCGUUCUAUUAUUUAUACUAUCUACUUAUAGCAAAUAUUUUAGGGGUGACUUAAAAUUCUACGUAAGCGAUGUUAAAAAUCCUAAGGAAUGAAUUUAUUCUGCAAAUUAUUGUAAUACGGUACCAUAUUUAAAGCUUCCUUUUUAUUCUCUGGAAGGCAUCUUAGAGAUCAACGCUAAUUGCGAAGUAUUUUUAAGAGAUCAAACCUCGAAUGUAGAAUGAAAAGGAAGCUUGAAAUCUCAUUCUCACGAUUGUUACAAACGCACCAUCUGAUGGUGGCUUUUAUAGUUAAAUACGUAUUUGUUACAACUUUCUAAGGGAAGCAAUGUUUCCUUCAUCAAGCAAUACUAAGAUAGUUAUAGAAUAUACAUUUAGAUAAGGAAGAACGAAUACUCACUAUGAGAUUAAUGUAAUUAUAGUUAACUAGAUAGUUAAGGAUUAGAUAUAAAAUCGCGACAGCAAUAAUAUAUUUGUAUUUAUAGCUAUUGAGCGUUAAAUUUUUAAUAGUUAAUAGGUAGUUGUGAAUAAUUGAGCUAGUGUUGUUAUUUUUUAUUGUGACAGAGAUAUUUCUCAGGAAAUAAGACGAAAAUCAUCUUUAAAGAUAUGAUUAUCAGAUCACUAAAAAUACUUAUCGCUCUGAGCUAAUACCUAAAUAACGGAAACGCCAGUGGAUAUGGAAAUAAAUUAUACAUUCGUAUAAACAUUAAAAAUAAAGGUGGAUAGGCCGUCUGGUACCUACCUUUAACUGUAAAAUGAAUAAUUCGUGGAUUUACUGCUCAAUAACUCAUUAAUUGCAAGUAUUCAUCUACAAUUUGUAACAACUGUGAAGUGUCUGCCAAUCCGCACUUGGCCAGCGUAGUAGACGAUGGCUUUCUUUAACAGGAUCAACACAUUGCCGACUCUGUAGCUAGCCGACGGUGGGUUGAUCAUGGGAAGUGUAAACUUAGUUCAAUAUAGAAGUCUUCACGGUAAAGAAAUACAAUUAUAAUUACAAUAUUAUGAACUCGUUAAGAUGUGUUUCAUAGAACUCCUCUUUACGAGUUAUAAUUAUCGUAUUAUUGAUGAUUUUUUGAAAUCAAUGUAUUGGUCGAAUCGGACAAACGAACAACAAUAUACCUAGGUAGUAGAUACCUAUUUACUACAAGUGCUAAUUUUUAAAAAAAAGCUGCUAGCUUAUGAUGUGAUUUUUUACAUAAUCUUAGCUAUUACAGAAAAUUAACAAGUAUUAACUAAGUACGUAUGAUAUAUCAAUAAACAGAUUCGCCAGUAAGUUGCUCAGGGUGGUUUAGAUUUUGAGGACGAUUUAUAUCUUGAGGAUGAUUCUCUGCUAAACACUGUCAUCGUGGUUUACAUCGUGUGAUAUAGAUACAUUUAAUUAAGUAUAUAUAGUCGUCAGCAUGGAUUAUAAUAAACUGCAAAACUGUA